GUUUUGUUUGAAGGAAUACCUAGAUAUGGAAAUGCCGCCAAUUUAUAAUGUGUACUACAUUUUUGUCGCGAUUUCGCAUAAUUAGCUGUGAAAUUGGUGGAUAUUCUGUGAUAUUUAUGUACUUAUAACAAGUGUAUAAAUGUGACUCUUUUAGUGUUAGAACAUUGGUAUAUCUGAAAACAAGGUAUCUGAGUGUUUAUGGUGUGUGUACAGACAUCUUGCAUGAUUGGUUAUGUCCUUUUUGCUGACAUCUGAGAAUAAAACAGAUAGUGUAAGCACAUUGAGUUUGAAUGAUUUAAGUAAAAAGAAAUAUCACAGAUGUAUUCUGAAACCUAAAGAAAAUACUCGCAAAUAUAAAUGCAUGAGAACACUUAAAAAUAAGUUAAAGAAAUAUAAAUUGAGACAUGAUGGAAUUGAGGAUCAAGAUGUUAUAGAUGUAUCCCAAACAUUAAUAAAAUCUCUGUAUAUUAAAUCACCCAAAAAGCAAAGCAGCAAUCAAAAUAACAACUGCAUAUUUGGUGAAAAUUAUCAUCCCAAAAAUUACCUUUUUAAGAUGGGUAGAUGGAAAUGUAUUGAUAAAACCAUUCAAAAUUCUGAUUUAAAUAGUCCAUUAACAAAUCAGUCUAUUAAUAAAAUUCGUGACACUUUACCAAUUUCGGAAGGCAAAGGAAAACAACAGACAAAUGCGUUUAAACUAUUAAUGGAUUCUAGAAAUAAAAGUAUUGGCAGCAAUUCUCCAGGAAAGGAAAAAUCUAUUGAUGAAAAUGAAAGUCAGGAAAAUAAAGAGAAAAAAAGCAUUAAAGCCAAAAGAAAUUUGGCGCUCCAAAAAAUGGCAGAGGGUAAAGGUUCAUUAAAAAACAAAGAAAAGGAAGAGUAUCAAGAGUAUUGCAUUAAGAAAAAAAUGGAGAAGAGAGCAGAAAGAUUAAAGAAUAUGAUAACUAGUAACAUUCGGAAUCUUAAAACUGAAAAAGACACAAAUAAAGACCUUGUUAGAAGUGCAUCAACUGAAGAACUUUCAUCUGAAUUGGAUGAACAUAUAUCAAAGCAAAAAAAUCUGACACUAGUUAGCUUAUUUGAUGAUCCUGAAAUUCAAAACAGUGUUAGUCCAAUUAAAAAUAUGAUCUCUAAGGAAGAUAGUGAGUUUUUAAAAAAGUUAUCACCAUCUUUAAAAAAGAAAGAAAAUAUGUUGAGUUACUUUAAAAAAAUAGAAAGAGAUGUUUCUAUAUCAAAUGAUGUAGAAAACGAGAAUCGCAUAAAUGAUGUUAUUAUAAAAGUGAAAGUUUCAUCCAAAUUGAAGAAAAAAGUUAAGAAACGGAAAUGCCAUAUUCCUAAAAUAAUGGAUGAAGAAAAUGCAAAAUCUGAAAAUGUAUUAAUAGAUUGUAUUGAACUAAAUUCUGAUGAUGCAAGAAAAGAUAGACGAAAGAGAAAAAGAAGCGAUAAUACUUGUGGCAAUAUAUUAAGUAAUUGUAAUAGCAAAGAUGUAGAAUCAUCAUCUACUGAAUGUAGACCAAAACGAAAUAUUAAAAAACCUGUUAAAUAUACAGAUGAUGUUGAAGUAUUUAGUUCUGAUGAUGAGUUACAUAUUUUUACACCUAAAAAGAAAAAACAUGGAGAUAAGAAAAUUCAUCUGAAUAAAAAUAGUUCCAGAGUUCAAAAUAUGCGUAAAAGUCAAACUUCUCCAAAAUUACCUGACAAUGCUGACAAACAUAGUCAUAUUAGUAAGUCUAAAAUGGAAGAAAACAAGAAAUCUGACAAAGUUCUGAAGAAGAACGUAAAAUUAGCACCAAUAUUUGCAGCUAAACCACAACUUAAUCCAGAAGCAAUUGAAGCUAAACAAAAGUUUCUUCAUAGUGGAGUACCUGAAAAGUUGAAAAAGAUUAUUGCUGAACAAAAAACUAGAUUUGUGGAGCAAUGCAUUUUUCCCAUCACAGUUCAUAUCCAACAAAAUACAAACAACAAACUUGUUUUGUCUUCAACACCUAACAAUUUGAAUAAAGAUAUGUCUGAUGAUGAGCUUUGUAUCUCAUUAGAAGGUAAUUUGUUUAAAAAUCUAACAGAUUCUUUAAUACAUAAGAAAGAAAUAGAAAAUAUUCCAACAGUGAAAUGUGAAAAAUAUACAAUGUUACAACAUAUCAAGAAAAUAUAUCCUAAAUUUCCUGUAUUUAGAACAUAUCGUAUGCUACAAGAGAAGAAAAGUGGACAAAUAAAAGAUUGUAGUUAUCAAGAUGUCGAUAACAGUAUAGAGGUGAUUUAUGGAAUGAAUGAUCUAGUUAAUGAGAAUCCUGAUAAAAUGAAUUGGGUUGAUAAGUAUAAAGCGACUUCAUCAAAACAAAUUAUUGGAAAUUUUGAAAACAUAAAAGAGAUAAGGAAAUGGUUAGUUACUUGGACUGAAAAUGAAGAAAAAUCAAGAAAUAAAAUUAACUUUGAGUCUGAUUCCUCAGAUUUUUAUCAUUCAGAUACAGAUAGUAAAGACAGUUUUAAACCAACUAAUAAUUUACUCAUUAUAGUUGGCCCAGUUGGGAGUGGUAAAACAUCUAGUAUUUAUGCAGUUGCUGCAGAAUUAGGUAUUAAAGUAAUUGAAGUAAAUGCGAGUAGUAAAAGAACUGGGAAAAUAAUGCUUCAAGAUUUACAAGAAGCUACUCAGUCGCACAAAGUGAAUAGAGGAAAAGGUAGUGCAGAUAAUUCUCAAAAAUCACAAGAAAUUCUUGAAAAUAGUCCAAAACCUUUGAACAAACGAGGAAGACCAAAGAAAAGUUCAGAGAAAUCUUCAUGUAAAAGUAAUGUGUCUAAGAAAAAUGAAAAUCUAGGUAAACCUUCAAGCAGCCAAGAUAAUUGUAGGACAGAAAUGUCUCUUAUUCUUAUAGACGAUGCAGAUAUCGUAUUUGAACAGGAUGAUGGAUUUUGCUCUGCUAUUGUCCAGUUAGUCCAAAGCUCUAAACGACCAGUAAUUUUGAUCUCAUCAUCUGCUUCGUGUACACAUCUACAAAGAUUCUUACAGAGUGCUAAAGUCAUAAGCAUGCAUUCUCUCCAGCCUAGAAUGCUUGGUACUUGGUUAGAUAUCAUGUGCUUAGCAGAUAGUGGGGUCUGUGUGCCUGGUACAGGUGCAACAAUCUUAGACUUUUUCAAAGGGGAUAUAAGAAAAGCUAUAAACUCAUUGCAGUUUUAUGUUUCUUCUCAAAAACAGACUGAAAACGAACAAGAAAAUAAUACACAAAAUUUGGACACUUUUGUGGAUGACGAAAAUUCAAGUAUGUCUUGGGUAGAGCAUGAUAAUGUUGAAAACAGACUUCAUAUUGCUAACAGUUUAGAACUCAUAAAUCAAUUGCGUCAAUGUAUAAUUGGACAGCAACUAACAUUGUUUCAAUGUAAUCAUCAAUUGGAUUUGUUUAAUGUGUGGUGGAGCAUACCAAAACUUCUUAUUAAUCCUAGUAGCUUUGGGCAAGUUAGUAAACACAAUAAAGAUGAACAUUCUGGACAAACAGUUGUGGGAAUAGAGGCUAUUGCCAAUGCUUUUGACUCUGUGUCAAUGGCAGAAUAUUUUAGACCCACUAAGUCUGCCAUGGCUGAUGAUAUAACAUCUCAACCUUGGUUUUCUGGGGAAUGUGACAGUGUCUCAGAGACAGAGCAUUUAUAUGAAUAUGAUAGAAGUGAAGAACUAAUUGAAGAAAUUUCACAUAAUCUUGUUUCGGGUUCAAUUUUAGAAGCCCAAAAUAUUAUGAAUAUUACAUAUAAUACUGAUGUGCAAUUUCCGAGUAUGGAUGAAUACAGGGAAAGACAUAGAAUCGUUUCAAGUCACAAUAGCCUAAGUGGCUGUUUAAAUCCUUCUGCAGUAUUGGACCGAAAAGCUCUCGCAUUGGAUUAUUGGUCUUUCUGUCGCACAAUAUGCAGGUUAGAGAAAUCUAAAACUGACAAUAAUAGCAAGAGAAACAACCGUUUCUGUCAUUAUCUAAAGUCUUUGAAUGUUACAUGCAAAGUUGGUAAUUUUGAUAAGUUAGCUGAUAGUCUUGUAUUCAAAGGAAAUGAAAACGAAAAAAUUUAAAUAGAUUUAUUAUAGUUUAAAAAUGUAAGUUUAUUUAUUUUGUAUCUAUCAAUUGAUGACUCAAAGUUCUUUUUUAUUUUGCUAUUGCAUAGAUACUUGAUUCUUUCUUUGGUUAUAUUAAUUUUUCCGAAUGGAUGUGAAUUGAUGUGGUAGUUGUAAAUUAGUAAUUAUGUUUUUAUUAGUCAACUUCUUGAAGAAAAGUGACUCCUAAUUUAGCCAAUUUUUGUUUAGAUUACACUCAAUGACACAA